AAAAGAAAUCUUACUGAAGUAUUUAGGUAUUCUCCAAGAUGUUUCUAUCAAAAGUGGUAUUGUUCUUGGCAGCUGCAGUGUGCGUGUCUUGCAAUGGGCAGGAAGCCGAUCUGACCCUUACCCUGUUUUAUGAAGGAUUGUGCCCUGGUUGUCAUCAGUUCAUCCUAACACAGCUCUAUCCUUCAUACGAGAAAUUGGCAGGUAGCUUAAAAUUGGACCUGGUACCCUUUGGAUGGAGUCAUUCUUCCCGUAGUGAUGAUGGAAAAAUAACAUUUACUUGCCAGCACGGUGACGAAGAAUGUUUUAUUAACAGAGUCCACGCUUGCGUUCUUGAUCAAAAUCCAUCUUCAGUAGACUACGUUAAUUUCAUAUAUCAUCAUUUGUCUGCCACUGACGAACGCGAUCUCAACGAGCAAGAGGUAUUAGAGGUGGCUAAAAAAUGGUUGCCAAGCAGCGUUUCCUGGGACAAAGUUAAUAGUUGUUACGAAGGCGAACGUGGAACUGAACUUUUAUUAGCAUAUGAGGAUAGACAAUCAAAGCUUGAUCCCAAAUUACCUUGGGUACCAAACAUAAGAUUUAAUGGUGUAUAUGAUUCAGAUAUCGAAGAACAGGCUUGGUUUAAUCUUGUACCUACUGUUUGCAGCUUACUAAAAGAAAAUAAACCAGAUAUUUGUAAUGAUCAAGUCAAACAUUUUCAUCCCAAAAUGAUUAAGAAUAUUAAAAAAUGUUAAAUGAAAUAUUUCUUCCACAUAAAUAAAUUUGUUCACAAUAUGUAAAUAAAUAAUCUUUUAAAUUUUC